AUGGAUUACCCCCUGUGUGAAAAGUUUGAUGAGUUAAAAAAAAGCUUACCCGAUGAAUUAGAAAACCAUGCAUCAGUCGAUUUUAAUCAAAAUGAGAAUAUUAAGUAUUACUGCCCUAAUGGAGUUACAGGAAAUCAAUGUGAGACUGAGCUCGAUAAAAUAAAUGCUGCAUGCUUAUGGUUGUUCAAUGAAAAUAUUGCUAAUGGGAUUGAUGAUUUAAGUAAUGAAGAUGUUAAAUCGUUUAUUAUAUACAUUAUGAUAUGGUUAAAUUAUAUGUUAAACCUAAAGAAUGAUGAAAAAACCAACCUAAAUAAUUUUUAUACUAUUAUAGAAAAAAAUACGAAUUAUACUAAUUGUACAAAUGGUAAUAGUGAUUGUAGUAAUAAAUUAAAAGGAAAAACGGGAUAUAAUAAUUUUAAGGAAAUCAUAGAUAACAGAAAGGAUUUGUUGAACAUUAAUUUUGAAGAUAUAUUUAAAUUUUAUGAUGCAUUUAAAUUAUUAUGUAAAAUGCAUACUGAAUCUAAUAAAAACACGCUAGAAUGCAACGAAUAUUUGGUAUAUGCAAAUAAAAUUGUUGACAAAUUUAAAGAACUUAAUGAAAGUUCUAGUGUUACUGGAAACACUUCAUAUAGUCAAAUAUGGUCUACUUUAUCAACUGAUUAUGAUAAUUUUAAAGAGAACUAUAACGAUAUUUGUAGGGGUAUUCCAUCGUUUCCACCGAUAAAAAAAACACAACAUAACGUAAAAAUUUCUGAAGAUCAUUCUGAACAUGGUUCUGUACAAAAUUAUGGUGUUACAUCAUCAAGCUUGUCGAUAGUAAAAAAAUUAAUUCUAGCUUUAUCAAUAUUCAGUGCAAUAACAAUUUUUUUGGGAAUUUUUUAUAAGGGUUCGUUAUUUGUAUUACGGAAAAGAGCUCAAAAACAACAUUUAAGAGAAAAACUAAAAAAUAUAAAGAAGAGAAUGAAUCAUUAA